CCAGAUUUUCAGCGGCGCGCACAGCCGACCUGGCAGCUGGCCGUCGAUCGUUCGCCGAUCCUAGAUCGGUUCAUCCUCAGAACGGUUUCGCGGUUGAACGGGCGCGGAUCGAUCGGCUGCUAGUCCGCGUCCUCGAACAUCUUUCCAGAUACCUGGAACGCGUACGCCGCGUGCCUGCAGCUGCAUUCGAAUCCAGAUCACCUGUGAUUGCACCUGUGUACGAGGCGCCGGCUCCUCUCUGAUCCAGCACAAGUGUUUCGUGACCGAGCUCGUUCAGCGAUGUCGAUUGUCGUCGAACACACGAGGACUGCGAAGGUACGCGAAAACAGGGAGAAGAACAAAUUGGCAUAAAGGACUGAUUUUCGAGUGCUGAAAGGAUUUGAGAAUCAUUAUGGAGGACGAAGACUUUGGCUUUAGGAAGAGGGGUGAAGGUGUUACGAAGAAUGCCAAUGACACAGGGAGGAGCGAAGAGAAUAGUGAACAUAAGGCGAGGGAAAUCGUGGUUGGGUCUGGAUCGGUGAUGACAGCGCCGUUAUCCGGGGCGACCGAGGCCGGAAAUGCCGUCCCUGAGCGGCCAGCGACCGCCUCUUCGUCCUCUCCGGCUUCCUCAGUCGUCUCGAACCCGCCGAACAUACCGAACGUGGUCGAGUAUCACCUGAAAGUGAAACCUGGACAAGCGCAGAGAGCCUGCCGGUUAGAUAACACUCCAACGAGUCAAGGAACAGAGGAGAUGAAGAAAGAUAAGAGCCCCGUGUCCUCCAGCGACAAAAAGAAGGAGCUCGUGUCGAAGCUGUCCCGCCUGUCCAUCGACAAUAACGUCUUCGAGAGAUCGACGGAUCUGCCGCAGGUGUUUCAGGUGAAAUAUCUAGGCUCUCAUGAUGCCAGGGGCCUCUGGGGCAUCAAGCACACGCGGAGACCAGUCGAUAACAUGGUGGCCGCAGCCAAGGCCUUGUCGACAAACACGAUGCUACCUCUGAUCAAGCUGAUCGUCUCUCAGGACGGCGUCGCCCUGCUCCCACUCGAGAAGAGGAAGCAGGAUCCCUAUUUCGCCAAGAUGUACGCCAUAGAGACGAUCUCGUACGGUGUUCAGGAUCUCGUCUAUACAAGGGUGUUCUCCAUGAUCGUGGUUCGCGAGACGGAGAACUUUAGGCGGGUCUCGCCUUUCGAGUGCCACGGGUUCGUUUGCGAGUCGAAGCAUCACGCGAGACAGCUCACCUACGCCCUGGCCACGGCCUUCGAGAUCUACUCGAGGACCGUGAAGGCUCAGGACAAGAUGGCAGAGAUGGCUGGAAAGAACGCCAAGAAGAGGUUCGCCAUCGAUCUCAGGAGCCCUGAGGAGAUGGAGGCUGAUCUGGCGGCCGAUUCGGAGGCCUAGAUCAGUUGCAUCUCUCAGAAUUGUGGUCAGAGGGAAAUUAGAGAGGGAACGGGAUACGCUGGGAGGGUACUUUGAGGACAACACAGGGUACAGUUUGUUGAAGACAGUUCACUGUGCAGGCUGACACUUGGCUGUUUCUUUUGGUAUUCCUGAUUUUCAGAUAUAUUUCAGCUGAAAAAUUUCAUGGCUCCAGUGAGUGGAUAUGGUAUGGAGAAAGUUUCUUUGUAAUUGGCAUCGUUACACGAUCAGUUUCAAGUGUUCGAAUCAAUUUUUCAUUAUAAAUAUAUGAACGAUAUUAUAUAUUUAUAAUGAAACAUCUAUUUUAAAAAAUCAAACCUAUCAUUUAAUUUAGACAAUCUUCUUUGAUAGGCAUAGAGAGUACGAAUACUUUUGGGAUAUACUUAUAAUGUACAUAUAAAGAACUGACUUGAAAAAGAAGCUUCUGUUCGUACUAUGUUCACCUAGAGUCAAAGUAUCUUGGGAGUAUUCAUCGACUCCAUUGCGUCAACAGAAGAUUGUUAAGGAGAAAGUAUUAAUUAAUAUCGUCCCUUCGUUCGUCACGAAAGACCAAACGAUCAGGAUAUUCGGUAGGGACGCGAUUCAAGGGUCACUUGCAUUUUCGACGACUUGUAAAUAGAAGCCUCACCUGUACAUAGUAAUAUAAAUAGUAUAUUUUCCGAAAUAAACGUGGAAUCGUUUCGACGUUGAUUAAUAUUCACGUAGUGGUCGUUGUUCGCUACUUGCUCGAGUGUAAUUUCAGGCCAGUUACUGUUAGGAGACGAGACGAUUUUGAUGAGUAUGUACUUAAUUCGAGGUUCAAACGUAUACUACAUACAUAAUAUAUAGAACUCCGUUUUUGAGAAGGCUCGUUGCGAUACUGUUUGUGGGCACGAAAGUUGGUGCAAUUGUUGGUUGUGUUAAUUAUUUUAUCGUCGCCGGUGUUUACGUGCGGGGGAAUAAGCGUCGUUUAUUCCACGACAUAAUGGCUAGUUAUCCAAAGAUACCGAAUAGAAGAAAAGAACUGAAAAUCGCCCGGCUCGUCUCGGUGAUCUUUUCGAUUCCAUAAAAAUACGAUAUCAUCCGAAUUAAGAAAAAAAAAAAAAAUGAUUGGAUUUAUUUCUAGCCCGUUUGCGUGUGCGUGUGUGUGUUUUUAUCUUCAUCUCCUAUGCAUAUAUCUUUCGAUGUACAGUAGCUUCCAUUACGCUGGUAAAUUAUAUCCUAAUUAAUGAUUUAAUUUAUUCUCGACUUAUCGUUAAGUUACCGAACCAAUAUCGACACAUAUCAAUUGUAAAUAAACGAUCGAGAGGAACAUUGUCAGCAGUGUAUACUUCUCGAUGCGGUGUUAGCUAUAAAUAUCACUUUGUUUAGUUGUUAAGUCACUUGUUCGCUUCUCGUUCAAUCUAUCGAACCUCAGCACCGACGUUUCCCCCUUUGUUCUAGGCUCGGGACAUUUGUGUAACUACAUUUGUGUAUUAUUUUUUUCCGCGCGACAGACGACUGCUUGAUUAUUAUUAGUCAUCGCCAGUAUUAGCGAGCUGUAUCGGUACCUAUGUACAAUAAAUUUUUUACGGAUA